AGUGUCACGCUGUAUUUGACGUGGUGGGGUUCGGUCGUGGGUUGGACUCGGUGAUCUCAGAGGCCUUUUCCAACCUAGUUCACUGUGAUUCCCACGGGGUGUGGCUGCCUCCGCGGAGCCGCUCCGCCGGCAUGAGGGAGGGAGGGAGGCGGCUGGAGGCUCCGGCAUCGCGGGCCGUAGCAGAGGACUGGAUUGUGCGAAAUCUGAGCCCUGGACCCUUUAAAGCAGUGCUUAGAAAAAGCCUUCAGAGGGGGGUUGUGCUUUCAACAGGGUCCUUUUUGGUUUAUGAAGCCCAUAAGCUGAUUUCUGGCUUUGCUGAGGUUCAUGCAAGCUUCAAAGUGGAAGAUGUAAUAGAACAAGCAGACUACCUGUAUGGGAGUGGAGAAACUGAAAAGCUGUAUCGGUUGCUGGUUCAGCAUAAAAAUAGCGAUGAUGCAGAGUUGUUAUGGCGGCUGGCACGGUCAUCACGAGAUCUGGCUCAGCUUGGGAGUACUUCUGCAGAGGAGAAGAAACAACUGACAUAUGACUCCCUUGAGUAUGCAAAAAAGGCACUUGAAAAAAAUGAAUCAAAUUCUGCAGCACACAAGUGGUAUGGAAUUUGCCUCAGUGAUGUUGGAGACUAUGAAGGAAUCAAGACUAAAAUUGGAAAUGCUGUUAUCAUCAAAGAGCAUUUCCAGAGAGCCAUUGAGCUGAAUCCAAAGGAUGCUACAACAAUUCAUCUUAUAGGGAUUUGGUGUUACUCCUUUGCUGAAAUGCCAUGGUACCAAAGAAAAAUAGCUGCAACACUGUUUGCCACACCACCAACCUCGACGUUUCAAGAGGCUCUUCGUUACUUCCACAUGGCAGAAGAAGCUGAUCCAAAUUUCUACAGCAAGAAUUUGCUCUUUUUGGGGAAAACAUACUUGAAGUUGAACAAUAAGAAGAUGGCUCUUCUGUGGUUAAGCAAAGCAAAAGAGUAUCCUGCACAGACAGAGGAGGACAAACAGGUACAGAAAGAAGCUUUGGAGCUGCUUAAUUCCAUAUAAGAAGAAACAAGAUAAUGGGAAUUCAGUGCCUCAGGUUUGAGCAGCAUAGGAAAAAGGCCCCAAAUACUAUUUUGGUUUACUAAAGUACAGCUCAGACCUUCCAUCUCCCUGUCAUUUCUAUUAAAUUCUGAACUGGAAGAUCUGUUUCA